AUGCGUACUUACCGUCGACUACGACGCCACUAUCGUUGGUUUUGUCGAUGGUAUUCUAGCAUUCUACUCAUUCUAAUAUUUUUUAUCCUUAUCCGACCGUAUCUGGACACAAUUAGCGAUGAAUUAUAUAUCCAAACGCUAGAUGUACAAUCCUAUGCAAAUUCCAUUACCAUAUGGAAUAGUGACUUUCACAUCAGUCCUAUUCGAGAUCUGAAGACUAUUCUCAUUCCACUUGGUGUCAAAUUCUUCGAUAAGAGUCUUUCAAAUAGUUGUUCACGAACGAAAACAUGCGCUUCUCACCUUCGUAUAUUAAAUCGAGAGAAUGCACAACAACCAUCGAAAGAACUUGCCAUGCAAUUCUACGAAUUCUACAAAGAUCAACUCGAAAUGAAUCUCGUCGAUGCAUUCGUUUGCUUUCAUCCCGUUGGCAUGUGUGAACUCUACAUACCAUUCAAUCGAACCAUCAUCAUCAUUGCCUCAACACGAUAUGAACUCUGGAGAUUCGAUCCAUCUUCAUGGACGAAACUCAAUGAAAAUCUCAAACAAAUUGCAAAACAUCCCAAGAAUAUCAUUGCUGCAAACAAUCUCUAUGAUGUGGAAUACAUUCGUUAUUUCACCGGAAUCAACGCUACACUUCUACCAAGUUUAUGUGACUAUACGAAUGUUGAUUAUAGUCCAAGUAGAAAAGAAUUCUUAAUCGCACCAAUUCAUACAUCGGCAUUCGAUACUUAUUUUCGGUCAUUGAUUCGAAAAUCCUUGAAGUUGCAUAAAAAAUAUGGGAUAGAUAUUGUACCAAUCAGAGAACUCUAUUCUAAUUAUGAAUAUUCCGAUCUAGCUAAGCAUCCCGCUAUUAUCUAUGUGCCUUAUCAAGUUUCUGUGAUGAGUCUAUUCGAACAAUAUCGAAUGAACAUUCCAUUGCUAUUCCCUUCACUAGAUCUUCUGACACAAUGGCACCUAGAAUUCUCUGUAGUCAACGAAAAAACAUGGGAUCGAGCGCUAUUUGGGGAAACGCCACAAGGUUCGCAUAUUCCUGGUGUGCUGUCGGGUGUUCCCGAUCCGAAUAAUGAUGUCGAUCGAACAUCUGUUCAUUACUGGUUGAACUUUUCUGAUUUCUAUCAAUGGCCACAUAUUACCUACUAUGAUUCAACGGAUGAUCUUGUACAAAAACUGACCACAACAGAUUUUGCAUCGAUCAGCAAGAAGAUGAAAGAACAUAACAAGCAAGGUGAUCUACCAAAUCUAAAACGUUUAUCUAUCUCAUGCAGUUUUGAAACAUAUUAUUAUCAAGAUAGAAUUCCUCCACUUGUACGUCGAAUGUAUCAUCUUGAAGAACUCAGUUUAUGUUUCACAGUUCAGGAGGAGAAAACUUUUCUCGAUGGAAACAAUUUGAAGAAAGAUAUUCUACGGCAUCUGUCACGAUUAAAUCGAUUUUCAUUUUCGAUUAGUUCUUAUAUAUUUGCCAGUUAUCAAACAACUCUUCCAUCACCGGAAGACAUCCAACGUACAUUCGAUGACUUCUCAAAUCUUCAAGUUCAUUCCUGUGUGGAUUAUUUUCCAAAAGAACGACUAGGUCGAUGUCUGAUUUAUUCUUGUCCAUCUCUUCUUCGAUAUUAUGACCUUGUUACAAAUCAUUUCCCUGGUGGCUUAUUUAUCAAUGUUCGCAAAAUAUCAUUGGUUGAUGAACAUCCGUUUGAGCAUGAAUUUUUUCAUGCCAUUCAAAAGUCAUUCCCAUUUCUGAAGAGAUUAUCUGUUCAAAAUGAUCAUCCACAAAAGUGUAAACCACUUUCGAAAUCGAUUGAUGAGAAUGAAAAUUCAUCGGUGAUUGACUAUCCUUAUCUAAAUGAAUUGUUCAUUGUGAAGGUGCAUGAUGAUUAUGUCGAGCAGUUCCUCAUUCAUUCGAAAGCAUCCUUUAAAAAUACAAAGCAUCUAUUUACAUAUUUUGAACAAAACAACUUUCAAGCUAAUAAAUCAGAAAAAUCUGGCGAUAUUCUUGUAUUAGCAAGUCAUCAUCGUAGUCGACAAUACUCGAUUGAUUUCCGUUUUAAUGAUAAUCGAAUUGGAACAGAUUUUAAACGUAAUGGAAAUCGAGCAGUUUUAACGAUGGAAGUAAGAAGAAUAUCUUUGAAUCAAACACGAGAAGAAAAUUGUUGUCAAUUUUGGAACAAUAAUAUCGAUUUGAAUAGAAGACUCACAUUUGAUUUAACUCAAGAUGUUCAAUUGGACAACCGAGAACUCAAAUUUAAUGGCGAAAAAAAUGUGAAGAAAUUGUUGAGUGAUUUAAUUACACACAUAAAUAUGCUGAUCAAUAAGACUUCUUCAUCAAUGCAAUUAACUUCUCAUGUGCAAAAUGUACCUGAUUCAGGUGAUGAUUGCAAGAAAAUAGAAUGUAUUAACGGACUGUCAUCUGAAAAGAACUCUGCGACAGAAAAUACACAUCUCUGUCAAAUCAAUCUAUACUCUGAUCAACGACAAACUGAAGAUGAUCCUUUCGACAUCCCAGGUUAUUAUGGCACGGUCGAUUCCGGCUGGUUAAGUUCGUUUUCCGACCAUUUCCUUGGCACCGGAACUUGCUGGAAUCGGCAAAAACUGUGCCGGAAUCAAGAAGAGCUGUAUUGGAACCGACUCAAAUUUCAACGGAUCCAGUCGCCGGAAUGA